AUGAGCGUCAUCACCACGACCGGUGCCAUUGUCGGCGACACGCCAGAUCUGCUCAAGCCAUUGUCGACGUCUUUCGAGGAGAUCCGCAGCACGAUCACGAAGGAGCUCGUUGCUGAUCCAGCGCCAGACGUGUCGUGCGAACAGAUCGCCAGCACCACGGAAUGGCUGCGCUCCAUCAUUGCUGCGAUGACGGAGCAUAACUCGGGUUUCUCACGGCUUGGAGUGUCCCAGCUUGGCGACGAGGAGCUGCAACGCAACCAGGCCUUGGCUAGAGAGGCCUCCAGGCAGCUGACGGUGCUCUUAGCUGAGAACACAAAGCAGUUCCGAGCAGUUCCCAUGGGCGCCAUGAUGGCAUUUGGUGAAGGGAGCCAGAGCCAAGAGGUCCGCCAGAACUUGGCCACUUUCCGCCAGUUUUGGGAGAAGUUCGGGGAUGCAAAGUGGCUUUCUGGCCUGGUGGCCCCGGAGUUUGCAGAAAAGAAGGAGCUGGCCAAGAAGUUGCUCGACACUUUGCAGGCUACGACAACGGCGAUGUUGCCGAACGUUGGCGCCGUAUGCAAGUUUUGCAAGUGCCAUCGGGGCAAUUCGACAUAUUGUCAGAACCCAGAUUGUGGCAGGUGCCCAUGCGGCUCGCUGCAAUGCAACUACCCAUGCGGAGGAGUGUCUCCUUACAAGUGCAACUAUUGCAACAGUUUACGACGUCGGGAAGAGUUUUGCUCAAAUACAAAUUGUGCACGCUGCGCGCACGGCCACUUCAGGAGCCGGGGCUGCUUGAAGGGCUGCUCCGAAGUUGGCUCCACCAACAUAAAGUUGCAGCCAAAGAGCGUAAGCUUGUACGACAAGAUCACUGCCUGCAGUGAGGAGACGAGCAAGUCCAAGCUUCUGCACCUGGCACAGAUGGCCGACCUGUUGGCCAAGGCUUGCCGCAAGGAUGCUGAGGCAAUGGAAGCUGCGGAGAAGAAGCUUCAACAAAAAAUGGAUUUGUUGAAGGACUUCGCCGAAGCCGUCAACGACGUUCCAAAGGUGCUCCGCCAGUUCCUGCUGAUUCGGAGCGGGUCGAUCAAAGAUGACCUUGGGCAGCUGAAGGAGUGGCUGCACAAGGAUGAGGUGGACUCCGCCCACAUGCAACUGGAGGAGUUCCGCGAUGAAGCCGCAGAGGAGCGCGUCAUGCGCCGCGUCGGUCAGAAGCGCGCGCUGUCGGAAGGCUCAUGGUCGUUGGCGUCGCCGCGCUGA